GGUGCGAGCGAUUGCUCAGGAGGAGGCCGCCACAACUCGGGACAGGGGGAGGGGGGGCGAGGAGAGGCCCAGGGCAGGGAGUUGCGGCUUGGAGCCUGAGGUGAUACUGGGAUCAACAUCCUCUCCUUGAAAUUCUGUGCAUACCUGUAGUUGUUGCUGUUAUUUCCCCUUCAAACAACAAUGGCGGCUUCUGCCAGCAACACCAGUGAAGAGGAGCGUAGCCUUCGUGAAUGUGAGCACUAUGUUCAAAAACAUAAUAUCCAGCCACUCCUGAAGGAUUGCAUCGUCCAGCUAUGUACAGUGCGACCUGAGAGACCUAUGGGAUUCCUCCGGGAAUACUUCGAAAGACUGGAGAAGGAAGAAACAAAACAGUUUAUGACUCAGCAGAAAGCAGGCUCUCGUACUGACUCGCGUGAAGAUGAGAUUUCACCACCACCACCGAUGAAUCCAGUAGUAAAGGGUCGCAGAAGGCGUGGUGCUAUCAGUGCAGAAGUUUACACAGAAGAGGAUGCUGCAUCCUAUGUUAGAAAGGUUAUUCCAAAAGAUUACAAAACUAUGGCUGCUUUGGCCAAAGCUAUUGAGAAGAAUGUGCUCUUUGCUCAUCUGGAUGACAAUGAAAGGAGUGACAUUUUUGAUGCCAUGUUUCCUGUUACCUAUAUUGCUGGCGAGGCUGUCAUACAGCAAGGUGAUGAAGGGGAUAACUUUUAUGUUGUUGAUCAAGGAGAAAUGGAUGUAUAUGUGAACAAUGAAUGGGCCACUAGUGUUGGAGAAGGGGGCAGCUUUGGUGAACUCGCACUGAUCUAUGGUACACCCAGAGCAGCAACUGUCAAGGCAAAAACCAAUGUGAAACUGUGGGGUAUUGAUAGAGAUAGUUACAGAAGAAUCCUUAUGGGUAGCACAUUGAGAAAGAGAAAGAUGUAUGAAGAAUUUCUAAGUAAAGUGUCAAUACUGGAAUCCCUUGAUAAAUGGGAGCGUCUCACAGUAGCUGAUGCUUUAGAACCGGUACAGUUUGAGGAUGGCCAGAAGAUUGUGGUGCAAGGAGAGCCAGGAGAUGAAUUCUUCAUUAUACUAGAGGGUACAGCCGCUGUGUUACAGCGCAGGUCAGAGAAUGAAGAAUUUGUUGAAGUGGGCAGGCUUGCACCUUCUGAUUAUUUUGGUGAAAUAGCUCUCUUGAUGAAUCGUCCUCGUGCUGCCACUGUUGUUGCUCGUGGACCAUUGAAAUGUGUAAAGCUCGACCGACCCCGAUUUGAGCGUGUCUUGGGUCCAUGCUCAGAUAUUCUCAAACGGAACAUCCAGCAGUACAACAGUUUUGUUUCACUGUCUGUCUGAGGUCUCCUACCUUCUCAAAUACAUGCUUCACAAAUGCAGACUGCUUCAUUACUCUUGUGCAGAGCCACAUGGCCACUGGCUAUUGCAGCUUCCUGUCUGUUUGGGGGAGGAAAACACUUGCUCUUCAGGGCACCAUUUUAAAUUUGACAUCAUUAGUUUGGUGCUCCCAAUCCCAUUUAAAAUAAACAGAAAGUUAUAAGGAGAUGUUUGCUGUUACUGUUUCUCCCUGUGCAAUGUAUAGUGUCCAACAUGGGCAGUGACUGUCAUUCCUUUUUGGUGGGGAUAUCUCCUAACACCAAGGUUAUUGCCAUAGAGUACGGAUGUAACAGUGGAAAAUUAAGAGGCAUACAUUUCUCAACUGCUGAAUCCUACAUUUCUUAAGUCGUGGUCAUUUUCUACUGUACUUCUCUUAGUCAGAGAGGCUUGUCCCCUCAGCUGAACUGCUAGCGUAAAUGUUAUGGUUAUCUUUGGUUUGGUUUGCUGAGAUCACCUCCUAGUAAAACCAGAGUUAGAAGUUUGAGAAUUCACUGCUCCUGUAUCUGUUGGUUCAAGAUGACUUGGUUAAGAACUUUUUUGUGUAAAAGCUUUUGUUUUGGCAAAAAUGCUAGUCGUGUUGCUCAUCUUUGCCUCAGCUGACCUUUUUUGCCUGUUCUCAGUUGUGAAUGUUUGUAUUUGCCCCUUCUAUUUUUUUCUGUUCAGAUUCUCAGAAGCUAACCAGUGGGUUAAAACCUGAAUAUAGCUGUCAGUGUACACACUGGCAUAAGAAUUGCGCUGCUCCCUAGUUAGUGCCAAAUAGCACACCCCCUGUGCUGAAUGUAGAGCAGGAAUCUGAAGGGCUUAUACUUUGUGUUUGCUUUUCUGUGUAUCCCUUCUAAGCUUUGCUUCUCUGGAACCUGAGAAUUAAGUGGUUCUCUUCUCAUAGCUGGCAUUCAAUGCAGCAUAAAAUACACCAUCUCAGUAAGGAAGAUGACAAGCCUUUGUUUCAUGUGAAAGACAGAAAGCAGAAGAUCAGUUUCCUAUCGAACUUCAUGUUGUUACUGAAGAUCUCUUGUUCAAGCAGAAGUUUUAAUAACUUCCAGCCUUUUAAAAAACAGAUUUAUUUUGAACACAAAGUUUUCAUUUUACUUUGCUUUGCCCAUGAUUCUCAUAUUGAUCUGAUAGAACAAGAACUGUUUAUCAAAAGUUAACUCUGUUGUCAAGUCUGAAAUGUGUUUCAAUAUUUACCAGGUUUGUGUUACAGUAUUCUGUGUGCAUCCAGUGCUGCCCUUUAGCUUUAUGGAAUUUCACAGUUGGAUACUGUAGGUGAUUGAGUUUCCUUAUAAAGUGUAAAUUGUCUAAAACUAGAGUAGGGUUUUAUUUGGGAGUGACAGCAAGUGUUUGCAUUAGUUAUGCAACUUUCUUAUGACUCCCAACUCCCACUCCUCCCCAUAUCUUUUUUUUCCAGACAGUUGGACCUGGGAUACACUUUUCUGACUUGUUGGCUGUUGGAAGGAUGUUUGCUAAUCAUAUUAAAAGUUUGAGGAUUAGAACCUUAAGAAACUAUAGGAAGCUAUUGAUAUGUUCACAUUUCUAGGUAAGGAUGAAAUGUAAAAUAUACAUUGUGAAUUCCUUGUAUUUGUCCUAAAGAUCUUAGCGAGAUGAGGAUUUCCACCUGUACUCCUCAGGACUCCACAAAUGCUCAGCUUUUUCCCCUCUAAAUUUUUAUUCAGUUUGAAUCUAUCCAGGGAUUUUUUUUCCUUUGUUACUUCUGAAUCUUGAUUUGAUCCUUGUUGCAGCACCAAAAAGAUUUUAAAUCUGUAAGUUAGAGCGCCACAAAAUGCACAUUUUUAUAAGGCUUUCUAAUCAAGUUUCACUACUGCGUCUUUUUAGCUUGCUGUUUACUCCCUUUUGUAGUUUUGCUGACAAGAUUUUAAGAUGAACCAGCUAUGUCUGAGUUAAAUAUUAAUCACAGUUAAAGCUUUACCUUUGUGUGCAAUUUAAACAUGUUUGAAUCCACAGUUGGUAUAGUUUGCCUUAGCUAACAUUCAGGGCUUUAGAGGUAAUCUUUCUUGCUAGGCCACCUUAGCAAAUUUUAAAAUCUACUGCCCUAGAGUGAUAUAGUCAACCAGAGGACCAUUUUUGUAUUGUUACCUGACUAUAAGUCUGACUUACUGUAUGUGCUAAUAUAUUCUUUUUGUUAUAGAUUGUCCUAAUGGCAGGUAAAGCAAUAAAAAUGAUUUAAAUUCUUAAAUGUAAUAAGUGUCUUAUUUUACAUUUCCCUGCAGAUUAACCCAGAAUUGGCUAUGUGUUUGAUCAUGCCAUCUCUGCACCCUAGCUCGCUUUUGGUGUGACUGAGGUGCAUUUCCCUAAACCUGACAUUUAAUUAGUAUGUUUUUACAAAUAAACUUUUGUAGCUAGGUAGGUCAUGCCAGGAUUUAAAAUCUACUAUCUUUGAUUACUCAGAGCCCUGUUCUAGAUU